AGCUUCAGUGAUGGAAAGAGGAGAUGCAUGCCAAGGAAGGAACAGGUAAAAUAACCUAAUCACGUAAAAGCAUUGCAGCCACAUAUAGAUCAAUAAUAGAGAAAACAGUUACUCCACACCAGAAUACUGCAUUACAUAUAGCCGCGACAGAAAGAGAAUUAGAUGUAGACAAAAGGUGGAUCAUAGGGGCACAGGUAGCGGGUCCCUUGUAAGAAGUAUAAGCCAAUUUAUAAACGUCUAUAGCUAACGGGACAGGAAUUCUUCUUUAAAGCAUGCCAAAACCUCUUCCACUUCUUUCCUAAAACGCAACCACCCCCUCUGCCAAGACCAACCCAAACCAGAAAACACGACUCACCAAACUCGUAAGGUGAGGCAAGAACAAUGGCAAAACUUAGCCCCCAAAACCAUGACCAACCACUCCAAGAAGAUGACUACAUAGAUAUGGAUUUGAGCUCACCAGCAGCAGAUGCGGCCACCACCAAGGCAAGUUUGUACUGCUACAGCACCGCUAUGGCAACCUCCCCACAACACUCGCGAGAGUUUGAAUUCCACAUGCCAGCUCCACUUGACCAGUGGGAGCCCGUGGCAUCCCCAGCAGAUGAGCUCUUCUACAAGGGCAAGCUGCUACCACUCCAUCUUCCACCACGCAUUCAGAUGGUUGAGAAGCUCCUUGAGAGUGCAGCUGAAAAGGGAUUACUCUCAGCAAGCACUGCCCCAGCAACACCAUACCAGUCAUGCAAUGCAUCGGCAGCAAAUUCAUGUUAUGCCAGUGGUGAGCUCAAUGCGGAGUACUACUUCCAUGAGUGCAUAUCCGCUGGUAGUGAUGCUGCCGAGGAGGCAGCAGCCUGUGAGAAGAAGCCAUGGUCGAAGAAGCUCAAGUUCAUCAGGCAUCUUAACCUUGGUCUCAAGCUCAAGGCGUCAAAAGCUUACUUGAAGACAAUAUUUGCCACUAAAGGAGGGAAUCCAGAUGACAAGAAUGGUGUACCUAGAGCAGAUGAGCUGUCGAAUUCACAGUUCAAGACCUGGAGGAAGAACCCAAUUAGCCAUAUCAGAAGCAACAGGUACAUAGCCUCACCCGUCAGCAACAGAACCACACUAGGUACCAAGCUUAGAGAGGAUGAGUGCGGCCAUAGAAGAUCCUUCUCCAGCGUCAUUAUCCGAUAUUCAUCACCAAACAAGCCAUCCUCAGUUUCAUCAUCAUCAUGCUCUUCAUCAAAUUCAUCCUCCUUCUCCAUUCCAAGCUCAAAUGACUCCAGUGUAGGACCGGUGCUGAGGAGGAGCAGCAGUGCAAGUUCAGAGAUGGACAAUCCAAUUCAGGGUGCAAUAGCAUACUGCAAAAAGUCACAACAGCUGGCCUCAGUGAGGAAAAGUGCAAGUGAUGCAGGUUUCCGGUUCAUGUCAUCAUCAACAUCAAAAAUAGCAGCAGAAUCUGAAGACACAGAUGGUAUAUUUGAUAUUAGCCGAAAUAUCAAUGUAAAUUCAAUGUUUCCCCAAUAAUUCUGUACUCUUUUCAUCUUGAUCUUUCUGCAGAUAUGAUAUAUAUUUCAUAUUAUGACAUUAAAAAAAACGAUGUAACCAUUUUCUGUUUAAGGACAAAAAGUUUUAAUAUGCAA